CUGGAAGCCGACCCAUAGCCGGUCCCUCAGCCUGUUCAUGGCCUCGGAUUGAUCGACUCGGCGACUUUUUGGCGAGAAAAUUGGGAUGCAAGUCAAAGUUGGCAUCGACUGCCAUCAGUGACAGCCGUCUGCUCAGCUAGCAUGUCAGACCAUAGCCAGCUUGACAUGCUGCCUACCAAGUCCCAAGCCCAGCGACAGAAGGAAAAGAUGGAGCGCAAAGCAGCUCAAGCGAAAGAGGCACAAGAGCAAAAGGGGAUUAGCAAGAAGCGCAAGCGACUGCAGGAGCAGUACAUCUCCAAGAAGCUCCGCAAAUCACAACGCUCAGAGUUGCUCGACUCGCUCGCCGUUUCGCAAAGCUCGGUCGACAAGCCGCUCAAUCUCAUGACAUCUUCCACGCUCGGCUCGAGGACAUUCAGCUCGACGUCUGACCAGCUCGAAAAGACGCAAGCCCUCUCUGCACGCAAACGCGAAAAGCAAAGAGCCAAAUCGCAAAACCGUCGAGCAGGCUAUCAUUCCGACUCGAGCUCAUCUUCUUCCUCUGAACGGUCUGCGGACCAAGCAGCAUCAGAACCUAAAGCGCCUGCCCGGACAAAUGGCAAGCCAGUACCGUCGACCCCAAACUUAGCAGAUGGCAACGCGUCAUCGUCAAAUGGACUCGGCAGCGCGCUUGCUUCUGGCGUUCAGAUCGUCUCUCGACCGCCCAGAGAGAAGCGUCCUUCUGCAGCCGCUCUACUCAGAUCGCGUCAUGAAGCCGUCAAGCCGCAUCUGAGGGCAAUAGAAGAGACUGGCGGUCUCUCUGACUCUGACGAGGUUUCGUCCUCCCACGGCGAGCUUGGACAAUCGGAUGUCUCUGAUGCAGACGAAGAGGGAGAAGAUCCCGUGUUGGGUGCUGCGCUUGCUUUGCUAGCUGAAAGAGGUCUCGAUCCCAAGCAACUCGAGACUUUGCGCCGACGAGCAGACGAAGAGGAUGGCAGCGAUCACACUGACGAUCCUGCUUUUGGCAGCAGUAGCGAUGACGAUUCUAACAAUAUCAGCGAUGCGGACGACGAAACAGAGGUUGCUUCGGAUUUCGAUGAGAACGAAGAAUGGCAAGGUAUAGAAACGAUGGGACCUCAGCAUGGUGCGCUCGCUGUAGAGCCAGUGCGACUACAGGCUGAUCAGCCUGCACAAGCAAAGACCGACUUCAAGGCAUGGGCGUCUGAGCAGAUCGCGCUCGCCGAUCCGUCGCAGCCCUCUUCUCGUACAUCCCAUUCAGAGCCACCAGCGAAGCAUAUCGUACAUGUAGAGCAAGGCAGGGGACCGAUGGGCGAGAUGACCAUACUGCCAACUCAAUCCCUGCUCGAUCUAAAGGCGCCAAUCAAGUCAACGCCCGUGAGAGUCAGCAGAAGUACAGAGCUGCAAGAAGCGCGACUCAGACUGCCUAUCCUGGCCGAAGAGGCAAACAUCGUCGAGACCAUCCUCUUGCACCCCGUCGUCCUCGUUUGUGGAGAGACAGGCAGUGGCAAAACGACGCAAAUCCCUCAGUUCCUCUACGAAGCAGGUUUUGGCAGCCCACAAGGCGAUAACCCGGGCAUGAUAGGCAUCACUCAACCUCGAAGAGUCGCAGCGACGUCUAUGGCUUCUCGGGUCGCUCACGAGCUAAGACUUGGACCGGAACGAGUGUCUCAUCAGGUCAGGUUCGAUUCGACUACUUCUGCGCAGACCCUCAUCAAGUUUAUGACCGACGGCGUACUGCUCCGUGAGCUAGCACUUGACUUCCUACUCACUCGAUACAGUGUCAUCAUCAUCGACGAAGCUCAUGAGAGGACGGUCAACACAGACGUCUUGAUCGGCACACUCAGUCGCAUUGUCAGACUGCGCGAAAAGCGAUGGCGAGAAAAGCUUGAAGGGGCGAAGCCACUCCGAUUGAUCAUCAUGUCUGCCACGUUGCGAGUCGAAGACUUUCGCUCCAAUGCCACGCUCUUCGAUACGCCGCCGCCUAUCGUGGAGAUCAAAGCGCGGCAGUUUGCGGUGACCACGCAUUUCAGCAGACGCACUAAGCCUGACUAUCUCGACGAGGCCUUCAAAAAGGCGUGCCGCGUUCACGCUCGACUUCCCAUGGGCGGAUUGCUAAUCUUUCUCACGGGUCAGAACGAGAUCACUACGCUCUGUCGACGGCUCGAGUCGCAAUAUGGCCGCGCAGCAAUAGCAGACCGACGUGCGAAGCGCGCGCAGAUUGCUCAGAGGCAGAAGCUUAGAGAGGGAGCACAGCAAGCGGCAGAAGAGCUGCCUAUAUUCGACGUCAGCAUGGCCGAUGAGCCCGAGGCUAUGCCUGCAACAGAUGCUGGUCGCAACACGAUCGAAGAGCUAGAGGCGCUCGACGAUACGGUCGACUUUGAUGACGAGGAAGCUCUCGAGAGCGAAAGUGAAGAGAUGAGUGAUGUCAAUGUUGAGCAAAGCGAUGUUCCAAUGCAUAUUCUGCCGUUCUAUUCGCUGCUGCCGUCUCAUCGACAGAUGCAAGUCUUCGAUGCUCCACCAGCAGGAACUCGACUCGUCGUCGUCGCUACAAACGUCGCAGAAACGUCGCUAACGAUUCCCCAUAUUUCGUAUGUCAUUGACUGCGGGCGAGCCAAAGAGAAGCAGUUCGAUCCUUCCUCGGGCGUGCAAUCCUUCAAGAUCGACUGGAUAUCGAAAGCCUCGGCUGCUCAACGCGCAGGUCGAGCUGGUCGAACAGGGCCCGGUCACUGUUACCGCCUUUACUCGUCUGCCGUCUUCGAGAGCUUCUUCACUGAUCAUACUGCACCGGAGAUCGCUAGAACGCCUAUCGAAGGUGUCGUACUUCAGAUGAAGGCCAUGAACAUCGACGCCGUCGUCAAUUUCCCAUUUCCGACACCGCCAGAAAGGCCGAUGCUUGCGAAAGCUGAGAGGAUGUUGAUCGGUCUGGGCGCCUUAGAGCAACAGCAAGCCGGUCUGGGCAGCAAGAAGCUGGAUGCGCACGUUACAGAGCUCGGUCGGAGUAUGGCGCGUUACCCUCUUGCGCCGAGAUUCGCAAAGAUGCUCGUCAUUGGCCAGCAAGAAGGGUGUCUGCCAUACGUUAUCACCGCUGUCGCUGCUAUGUCUGUCGGAGACCCCUUCCUGCACGAACAGUCGCUCGGCGACGAUCUUGACGAGACAAGCAAUAUCCAAGGUCAUAUGCCAGCUACUGAGUUUGCUAUCAUCCGAGAUCCGGGGAUACGCCGCAAGGAGGAGCUCAAAGCGAAGCGGUCGGCCUACUUCAGAUCACUAGAGCAAUUCGCUGCCCUGGGCGCUGGGACCAGUGAUGUCUUUCGUGUGAUCAGUGCUGUCGGAGCAUUCGAUUAUGCAGAGAAGAGCGCAAGCUUUUGCGAGAAGCACUUUCUGCGGGCAAAGGCGAUGCAAGAGAUUGAUCAAUUGCGACAGCAGAUCAAUCGUAUUGUCAGUGCAUACACUGGCGCAGACUCGGUCGACUCAGUGAAGCUAGCACCGCCCUCAACAGCGCAGAUUAAAGCGCUUCGCCAAUUGCUCACGGUCUCCUUCGUCGAUCAGAUCGCCGUGCGCAAAGACCUGCUGUCUUCAUCUGCCGGCUCCGUAAAGGCGACGACGGAGUCGUGUCGGGGCAUCGCGUAUCGAGCGCUGGGCAUCAACGAAGAUGUCUAUGUGCAUCCGACGUCUGUGCUUUAUUCGCGCCCGCCCCCAGAAUUUCUCUGCUACCAAGAGGUCUUCACGACAAAUCAGACAUGGCUCAAAGGCCUGACCAAGGUCAACUCCGCGUGGAUAUCUGUGCUAUGUCGGCCUUACUGCACAUACUCAAAGACGCUGGAGACGGUUGCGAAAGCAUCCGCUGAUGGCAAGACUAGAGUGUGCGAGGUUGUGCCACGCUUCGGCGCCGGUUUGCUGUCAGGUGAAGGUCCAGCGCAUACCGGCCUUGGCCUGGAGCUACCAGCGAUGCAAGCGACGCAGCGUAAAGAAGGAUCGCGAUGGGUCAUGGCCUAGCGACCGGAUUCUACAAUGCAUCUGC